AUGCUCGGAACCACAUAUGAUCUUAGCGUUGGUGGUCUUUGGUUGGACGACUUAAUCAGAGAUCGUUUCCGUCAAAUGUUCCAACAAACAUAUGGUAUCGAUGCAAAAGAAUCUCCGCGAGCUUGGCUCCGUCUUCUGGAUGAAUGUGAGAAGUUGAAGAAGCAGAUGUCAGCAAAUCAGACUCCUAUCCCCCUUAAUAUUGAGUGUUUCCUUCAUGACAAGGAUGUUACGGGCAAAAUGCAAAGGGCUGAGUUUGAAGAGCUAGCUGCUCCACAGUUCGAAAAAAUUCGACAGCUGCUUCUCAGGCUUCUUCAAGAAACAGGCGUGAAGAGAGAGGAUGUUGAUGAAAUCGAAAUGGUUGGUGGCUCGUCGCGUAUUCCCAUAAUUCGCCGCAUUGUACAGGAUGUAUUUAACAAGGACCCCAAGACAACUAUGAAUCUCGAUGAAGCUGUUGCAAGAGGUGCGGCUAUGCAGUGCGCUAUUCUUUCGCCUGCAUUCCGUGUUCGAGAGUUUUCUGUCAAGGAUUCUCAGCCAUAUCGUGUGAAGAUUACUUGGUCCGGUGGUGCUUCAGAAAGCGGCGAAUCCGACGUUUUUGUGGAGCGAGAUGAGUUCCCAUUCUCUAAAAUGGACUCACUGUAUCGAGCAGAUGCCUUCCAAGUUGACGCUCGAUAUGCGCUGCCGAAUACUGUUCCACAUACAACAACUACCGUCGGUUCGUGGCGCAUCACUGGAGUGUCGCCAAAUGCCGAAGGUCAGCCGCGUAAAGUCAAGAUAAAGGAGGCGCCUCCACAACAGGAACAACCUAUGGAGCAAGAUGGAGAGUCGCAACCACCUCCUUCUACGGAGCAGCCUGCUCCAGGAGCACCGGCUGAUGCUGCUGCACCACCUGCGAAACCUGAAGGGCCUCCAAAACCAAAAACUAAGACUAUUGCAACGGAAUUAGUGGUUGAAGAGCGAUUGCCAGUUGUUUACGAUGUUCAGAAAUUCACAGACGUUGAGCUAGCAAUGCAAGCAGCGGACCUCCAAGAGAAGCACAAAGCGGAUGCCAAAAACGCGGUGGAGGAAUACGUGUAUGAGAUGCGUGAUAAAUUGUCGGAUACUCUUGUCGAAUUCGUUACUGAAGCGGUUUACGAACAACGCCUUAAUGAGUUGAGAAAAUAUGGAGACCCCAUUGUUGAGCGCUAUAGAGAAGCUGAAGCCAGAAAGCCAGCGUUUGACGCUUUUGACACCGCCAUUAUUCGUGCUCGCAAGGCCUAUGAAGACUAUGUGGCUGGUGGAGAAGCACAUGCUCACAUUGACAGCGCCGAUAUGGAGAAGGUUAUAAACGCCAUUGAGGAAAAGAAACGUUGGUUGGAUGAAGCCCGUCAUAAGCAGGAACGGAGAGCAAAAACUGAACCGCCUAUAGUUUUCGCAUAUGAAAUUGCACAGAAACAACAGGCAUUUGAAGCAGUUGUGCUACCGAUUUUGAACAAGAAGAAGCCAGCACCACCUCCAAAGAAGAAGGAACAAAAGCCGGCAGAGCCCCCCGAGAAUGGUAAUCCUGCUGGAGAUAACCCUGGAACAGUUCCACCGCAACCUGGAGAAAUGGAGGUUGACUAG